AUGGACGACUCGGCGCUGCUCGAGCGGCAGCACGGCAAGGCGUCCCUCGCCUUCGUCUACCUCGCCUUCCUCUUCCCGGCAAUGGCUGGCUUCCUUUUUGGCUACGAUAUAGGCUCAACGUCGGGCGCCGUCCGCUCGCUGCGGCUGCUAGUGGGGUUUGAAGCGAAGGGCAUGUGGACGUCGGCCAUCACCUCCGCCUCCCUCAUGGGCGCCACACUCGGCAGCGUCCUCGCCUUCUGGGUCGGAGAGCCACUUGGCCGGCGGCGUGAGCUACUUGUCGGAAGCUCCCUCUACCUCUUCGGCUCGUUGCUCUGCGUUGCCGCGCCCGAGAGUGGCGCGGCUUACGGCGCCGUCUUCGCCGGCCGCUGGCUGUACGGCCUGGGGGUUGCAUUCUCGAUGCACGCGGCGCCAGUUUACAUCUCCGAGAUGGCGCCGUCGGCAGUGCGAGGCAUGCUCGUCGGCGGCAAGGAGGGCUUCAUUGUCGGAGGAAUCCUCGCCGGGUUUGCAGCAGCGGCUGUCGGCGAGGCGGCACUUCCUGCCACAUCUGUCUUUCGUGGAGUGUGGGCACUGCCGGUGCCUAUCUCGCUUGUCAUCUUUGGGGGUAUGUGGCUGAUGCCUCCCUCGCCGCGUUGGCUGCUACUCCGCGCUGCGUCCUCCUCCGCGAGGCAAGACCUCGAGGGCUCCCCUGUGCUCGACCCGGGCGGCAGGUCGGCGGCGCUCGCCGCGCUGAGCCGCUUCAGGCGGGGCUCCUCGCCGAGCGCCGUGGAGGCGGAGCUUGCGGCCAUCGAGGCAACGCUGGCCGAGGUGAGCGUCGCGCGGGCGGGCUCGUGGGCGGAGAUGCUCACGAGCCGGCGGGCGCUUCUAGCCGGACUCGGGCUCAUCUCGCUGCAGCAGCUCACGGGCCAGCCCUCAGUCCUCUACUACCAGGAUGCGAUCUUUCGCGACGCUGGCUUUGGCGACUUUGCCUCAAAGGCAGGCGUCCUCGUCGGCGUCGCGAAGCUGGCGGCCACCGUUUGCUCUGUGGCGGCCGUCGACCGCUUCGGGCGCCGGCCGCUGCUUUUUGCGGGGAUCGGCAUGAUGGCAAUGGCAUUGCUGCUCCUCGCGGUAGGUUUUCAGUUCAAGGUGCCAGGCGAGGCGCCGGGAGAGUACGUCCUCCCCCCCGGGGCAUGGCCCCCAGUUGUGGUUUUCGCGCUGAUGCUCUACGUAUGCGGCUACCAAGUCGGUUUUGGCCCGAUCGCGUGGCUGAUCAUAUCAGAGGUGUUCCCGAUUAAGACGCGCACGCGCGCCCUCUCGAUGGCUGUCACCGUAAACUUCGGCUUCAAUCUGCUGGUCACCUUCCUGCUCUCGCCGCUCCAGACCGCUCUCGACGCCCUCUCUCCGGGCAAGGGCUCGUCGUACUUGUUUGCGAUCUACGCCGCCCUCUGCCUUGUCUCGUCCACCUUCGUGCACGCGUGCGUUCCCGAAACAAAAGGCAAAUCGCUGGAGCAGAUCGAGGCGAUGCUGCGCUGA